AUGUCUCCAGUAUGGUUAUACGUACCCGCUGUGGGUGAAAUUCUUCAGCUUGUUCAGCUUGCUCAUGAGGAGCAUCCGUUUGUCUCCAUUACUACAGGAUCGUAUGUUGUCGUAGGGUACCUCGCUAAUAACAACCAAGUAUCACCUAUCUACUGCGAAAGAUCCUUCCAGGAGGCCCAGCCUUGGACUGGUCGGCUUACGCAACUUGGGUGGCUGAUUGCCCCUGGCGAGAGGGAUACUACCCACCUUCAUGAGUUAUUCACAGCGACAAGGUAUCCCAUGCCUACUUGGCUCCUCCAAGAGCUGUUGAACGCUUCAGUUCAAUUCUCUUAUGCUCCGUUUCCGGAUGGGUAUCCACCUCCCAUUGUCACCCCAGUACAACAACUCAUGAGGCGCCGUCUCCCGCCAAUUCAAGUGCUUUCGAUAACACGCUCGAAGAUGUCCUCCUGGCUCCUGCUUCUUUUGACCUCACACCCACGGAGUUUCAAGAGCUCGAUUGUGGCUAUAACUCUGGAAAUUGUCCACCGUUACCUCUCUCAGCGGUAUCGACGAUACAGCUCUGCCCUUUUGGAUAAAGUGAAUGGAUUAGACGAAGUAGAUGGGGUUCUCACCAAGGAGCCAGCCCUCGAGGUUUUUAUCCUGACUUGCAAUGGAGAAAGUCUAAGGGUGGUGUGUGGGACACUUGAACAGAAAGCAACGAGAGAGCCUCACCCGCUCAAUGAAGAAGACAUUUGGUGGCGGGUCAUGAUGCUCACUAGGGCCCUGUUGUUGGAG